AUGUCCCUAAACACAUUUGACGCCAACAACGCUGAUAACCUAGAAGAGAUUGAAAAACAAUUUGCUGUCAUUGCUGUCGAACAAGCUGAAACUUAUUGGAAUUUGCUUACUAAAGUUAAGGGUUCUAAAUUGCGUCUAACCAAGCACGAUGAUGAGAUUUAUAACACUUUCAUGCAACAUUUUCCAGAAUACAAAGAUAUUGAAAGACUAAGGAAAUUUUCCGAAGAAGAAUUGAAAUCUAAGACUGGUAAAGAAAGAUGGAGAAAAUACAUUGCUCUUUUUGAAAAGACUAUUGAAGAUUACAACUUUGGUACUUUAUUAAGAACUGAUGCUAGUGAUGAAUAUGGUCAACAUACCACAAUCUUUGCAGUUAGAAUUCAAUUUUAUGCUUUUGAAAUUGCCAGAAAUAGGCAUGGCUUAAAUGAUUGGAUUUGUAGUAAUUAA